AUGGAUGUACAAGUGCCUAUAUUUGAAGGAAUGUGCGUGCGGAAAGAAUUUGAGAAAUAUUGGGUUGACAUUCGCGAUGAACGAAUUCCUGAUUUCCGUUUUACUUGUGGAGUAAUUGGGCAUGUUGAGAAAUCUUGCGAUUCUGCAGUAAAGAAGUCUGAAUUGAUGCUGAUAAACCCAAGUGGUGCAGAUAUAGUUGUGCCAAUGCCAAAAAAGAGUUCUUUAAAAGCCCCUGAUCAAGGGCCAGAAAUGCCAGUUGUGAAGGAGGAGAAAGCUUCUCCAGCUACGAAGAAAUCCAAUGAUGAGAUCGAUGACAUUUUUGCAUCAAAAAAGAGGAAGAAAAGUGAAAAAGCAGAUGCCGAGAAGCCAGCUGAAAAUGGCAGUGGGAAAACGAAGAAGAUGAAGAAAAAGAAAAAGGUUAAAGGGUUAACAGAGAGUGCAUUAGGCGACGCACCUUCUCGUCCUAGAAAGAAAACAGCGGAUGGGCUCACCAUCUACACAGAGGACGAGUUGGGUAUCAGCAAGGCAGAUGCUGGUGGCACGCCGCUCUGUCCAUUUGACUGUUCUUGCUGCUUUUGA